AUGCAUAAUUCUUACUCCCUUCCUGAGUUGGAUCUUCAUAAUUUAAAAUCUACUGCUUUAAGAAUCAAUUCUGUUGCUGAUGGUGGUCCUAGUAUUCCUCAAAUCCUCCACGUGGUGAGCUCUGUAACUCAGAUUAUACAUUUUCCUGAAUUCUCUGUGAUUGUUCUUGUUCCUUUGUUGGUAACUGAAGAUGAGAAAACUCUUGUGACGUGCAUAAGCUGUCUGACAAAGCUUGUUGGCCGGCUUUCCCAGGAGGAGCUAAUGAAUCAGUUGCCAUCAUUUUUGCCUGCAUUGUUUGAAGCUUUUAACAAUCAGAGUGCCGAUGUUCGCAAGGUAGAAAUUUCUGUUUGCUUGUGUUCAUUCCACUGUUUGUUUGAAGCUGUUAACAACCAGCGUGCCUCCCCUUUCACACUGUUUCCGUGUUAUUUAUUUACAUUUCUUAGGCCUCCAAUGUAUUGUUUCUGGUGUUGUGAUAACCUGUUUUUUUUCUUCUUUUUUUCCCCCUUUCUUUUCUGGGUCUGUCAUCUGCUUCAUAUUUGGUUGGCAUAG